GAUACACUCGAGAACUCCUGACUCUCGCUCAGCUUGCGAUAGAAAUAAUAUACACCAGAGUUUCCCGCAGAUAGCUCUGCUUCUUGUCUUUCUUCACCGCUGUCUGUGACAUACGCAUACACAUCCGUGGACUGUGUCCGCCUCUUUAAUACCUUGUCGCACAUACCGCACUCCGCCUUCUCCCUUGUCGAGGGACGUUAGAUACCGUUGUUGCAGUCGAGCUGUGUGACGUUGCGCUUUUCGACGUUUCCACGCGAGCCCGUCAACCCUCUCCCUCCUUGUUAAUCCUCGCCAGACGUCUACUAUACUACGAGGAGAGCCACUGUUCUGCCACGUAAGAGGGAACGAAAAACGAAGAUCUCAUUCUUUCUCAAAUUACCCUUGGGCGCAAGAUAUCAAAGAUGGCCGAUGUUACUAGCUCCUCGGGAGGCAUCUCUGAUCCUGCGUUGAUUAAGCUUGUCAACAAGCUUCAGGAUGUGUUCACAACAGUUGGCGUAAACAACCCUAUCGAUCUGCCACAGAUUGUUGUCGUCGGUAGCCAGUCAAGUGGAAAGAGUUCGGUGCUUGAGAAUAUCGUUGGUCGAGAUUUCCUACCGCGAGGUUCUGGUAUCGUAACGAGGCGUCCCCUUGUCCUGCAGCUGAUCAACCGACCAGCGACAUCGCAACCGAAUGGGGCUGAAGAAGACAUCGCUAAUUCAAGCGACAAAGCUGCCAACCCCGACGAAUGGGGCGAGUUUCUACAUAUCCCUGGUCAGAAAUUCUACGAUUUUAAUAAGAUUAGAGACGAGAUCAGCCGAGAAACAGAGGCCAAGGUCGGUCGGAAUGCAGGAAUAUCUCCGGCUCCCAUCAACCUACGCGUUUAUUCGCCAAACGUACUGACGCUGACCCUGGUUGACUUGCCGGGGUUGACUAGAGUGCCUGUUGGAGACCAACCUCGCGAUAUCGAGCGGCAGAUCAGAGACAUGAUUCUUAAAUACAUUCAAAAAUCGAACGCUAUUAUCCUCGCUGUUACCUCUGCCAACAUCGAUCUUGCCAAUUCUGAUGGCCUCAAACUCGCCAGAGAUGUAGACCCAGAAGGUCAAAGGACGAUUGGUGUCCUGACAAAAGUAGACUUGAUGGAUGAGGGCACUGAUGUUGUUGACAUUCUAGCUGGUCGUAUAAUUCCUUUACGAUUAGGUUAUGUCCCAGUUGUUAACAGGGGUCAACGUGAUAUUGACAAUAAAAAGCUCAUUUCUCAGGCCCUUGAGGCUGAAAAGGCGUUCUUUGAGAACCACAGAGCUUAUCGCAAUAAGAGCUCCUACUGCGGUACUCCAUACCUAGCAAGGAAGCUAAAUAUGAUCUUGAUGAUGCACAUCAAGCAGACUUUACCAGAUAUCAAGGCAAGAAUCUCGAGCUCGUUACAAAAAUACUCUGCUGAGCUUGAAGGUUUGGGCCCUUCGAUGCUAGGGAACAGUGCAAACGUUGUCCUCAACAUUAUAACCGAGUUCACCAAGGAGUGGCAGUCAGUCCUGGAUGGUAAUAACGGCGAGCUGUCCAGCUCUGAGUUGUCUGGCGGUGCACGAAUCAGCUUCGUGUUCCACGAAUUAUACUCCAAUGGAGUGAAGGCGGUUGAUCCUUUCGAUGUUAACAAGGAUGUCGAUAUAAGGACAAUAUUGUACAACUCUUCCGGUUCUUCUCCUGCGCUUUUUGUAGGUACAGCCGCUUUCGAAGUUAUUGUGAAGAAGGAGAUCAAGCGGCUGGAGGACCCCAGCUUGAAGUGUGUGUCGCUCGUCUACGACGAGUUAGUCCGCAUCUUAAACCAACUGCUAUCUAAACAGCUCUAUCGAAGGUACCCCGGUUUGAAGGAGAAAUUGCACAGUACAGUCAUUACUUUCUUCAAGAAGUCUAUGGAGCCUACCAACAAACUUGUCAGGGAUCUUGUUGCCAUGGAAGCUUGCUAUAUCAACACUGGGCACCCUGACUUCCUCAAUGGCCACAGAGCGAUGGCAAUGGUCAAUGAGCGAUACAAUAGCGCGAAGCCUGUGCAAGUUGACCCAAAGACAGGCAAGCCCCUGCCUGCUUCAGCUACGCCCGCUCGGGCCGCCAGUCCCUCGUUGGAUAGCAACCUAGAUAACAACACUGGUUUCUUCGGCAGCUUUUUCGCCGCCAAAAACAAGAAGAAGGCCGCCGCGAUGGAGGCACCACCUCCAAUGCUCAAAGCAUCUGGAACUCUCUCAGAACGGGAGAACAUCGAGGUUGAAGUCAUCAAACUUCUGAUCUCUUCCUAUUUCAACAUCGUCAAGAGAACUAUGAUCGAUAUGGUACCCAAAGCCAUCAUGCUCAACCUCGUUCAGUAUACCAAGGAUGAAAUGCAAAAGGAGUUACUUGAAGGCAUGUACCGAGGCGACAACCCCGACGAGCUACUGAAGGAGAGCGACUACACUAUUCGGCGGCGGAAAGAAUGCCAACAAAUGGUCGAGUCACUUGGCAAGGCCAGCGAGAUUGUUGGUCAAGUACAGUAGAGUUGCAAUAUGUGAACUGAUUUCAAAACACGACCUACCCCGUUCGUCACGAUAUAGAUACUCGUUACGGAAGAGGACGUAGCCCAACGCCAAAUCGUCUUCAGGAAAAGCGAGGGAGGACAAGAUUCGGUGAAUUGAUGCCCACAAAGGGGAAUUUGUAUGUAGAGGGCAAGGGCCAACUGAGCGCAAGCCCGAGGGGUACUUACGGCGCCGCGUACUGCAAUCUGUUGUCCUUUAGAGUGGCAAUAUCUACUCUCUCGCCUCUGACACCCCAUCUUAGACUUUUGCACAGGGAAGAGAACAGUUAUCCAUAACGACGAACACAAGCAAUAUUUAAGCUGCAAUCAGACUCAGAAUACCAUAUUUAAUAUUACAAGAUUCGUUGCUGACG